CUGACCUUCCCUUUUGGUGUGCAUCUCGUUUGACAUGUAGCAGCUCGGCUAAAAUUAUAUUGGAAGUAGUGGUAGAAAUGCAACCAACUUUAUAAGAAAGCCGUUUGCCAACCUGGAAACAGGUUAUUUCCCGAGGAAGCCCACCUUAUAACGGAAAAAUGGUGAAGUAUUUCGUCUGUGUGGGUCUUUUGAAAAGUACCUGGGACCAAGUAUGCAUUGCGUUCUGGCAGCGAUAUCCCAACCCUUACAGUAAUCAUGUUCUUACUGAGGACAUAAUUUUCCGGGAGGUGACCCCAGGCAACUGCCUUAUUUCCAGACGACUGUUGACCAAAACCAGCCGGGCACCAAGAUGGGCAGAGAAAUACCUGCCUGUGCACAUGGCCAGGUCAGCGUACAUCAUAGAGGAUUCCAUAGUGGACCCUAUAACCAGGACCAUGACUACAGUCUCAUGGAACAUCAGCCAUGCACGCCUCAUGUCUGUGGAGGAGCGCUGUGAGUAUAGAAUUAACCCUGAAGACACCAGCUGGACGGAGAUAAAGCGAGAGGCCUGGAUCUCCUCUAAAAUAUAUGGCCUGUCUAGGGCCAUUCAGGAAUUUGGUCUUGCAAGGUUCAAGACAAGUGCCACUAAGACCAUGAAGGGGUUUGAAUAUGUCCUGGGGAAAAUGCAAGGCGAGACACCAUCCAAGACUUUGGCAGAGACGGCUACAGAGAGGGCGAGGGAGACGGCUCUGGCUGCCAAAGAGAAAGCCAAAGACUUGGCCUCCCAGGCCCAGAAGAAACAAUAUGUUUGAGGGAGGGGUGGGGUGUAGAGUGUAGAUAUCCAAGGACCUUGAUCACAGGUGCUGGGGCCACCAUUCUUCUGUCACUGUUCAUAUUUUCAGUGGCUUUACCAGUUUACGGUAAAGUGGUAUUACUUGGUAAAUGCAUACUGACACAACAUUUUAGUUUGAAUUCAUUGAUGAAAUACCACUGGAGUAGUCAAUGUAUUUGUAUGUUUUUUCCGUUGUUGCCAUGUAGUAUCUUGUUAUACCUGUUAAGUUUCAUGUUUGAAAAAAGUGUUAUCAUUUAUGUUCAUCCAGCCUAUAGGUAAGAUGAUGUCACUUUCUCAGUGACCUUUUACAUUCUUGAUUACUACAGACUGUACUCACAUCUGAUCUGGGUUCAGGUAGUCUGGAUUUCUUGCCAUCUUGUUUUCUCUCUUUAGAACACCUUGACAAGUGGGUGACUCAUGGAGAUGGAGCACUGUGCUACUGGACAGGUUUAAACCUCAUCUCCAUCUCUCAGAUGGUAUUGUUGUAUGGAUGAGUGGCUUGGAGACCUGGGGUGUUUCAGUACUUGUAAUGGCCCUUCCCCAAGCAUCAAACUUACAUGUUCAACCUCUGGUCCCAUCUGCCUCUCCAGCUAUGUGCUUUUUCUAGUCUUUCUUAUUACAAGAGUCAAUGCAGAUUUGUCACGCUUUAUACCUCCUUACUUGAUCUGUCUAAUGGUGUAAGAUGACU